GCAGAAGGAGCAGAAGAAGCAGAAGGAGCAGAAGAAGAAGAAGAAGAAAAAGAAGAAGCAGAAGAAGAAGAAGCAGAAGGAGCAGAAGAAGAAGAAGAAGAAAAAGAAGAAGCAGAAGAAGAAGAAGGAGCAGAAGAAGGAGCAGAAGAGGAAGAAAAAGAAGAAGCAGAAGAAGAGGAAGAAAAAGAAGAAGCAGAAGGAGCAGAAGAAGAAGCAGAAGAAGAGGAAGAAGGAGCAGAAGAAGAAGAAGCAGAAGAGGAAGAAAAAGAAGAAGCAGAAGAAGAGGAAGAAAAAGAAGAAGCAGAAGGAGCAGAAGAAGCAGAAGAGGAAGAAAAAGAAGAAGCAGAAGAAGAGGAAGAAAAAGAAGAAGCAGAAGAAGAGGAAGAAAAAGAAGAAGCAGAAGGAGCAGAACAAGAAGCAGAAGAAGAGGAAGAAGGAGCAGAAGAAGCAGAAGAAGAAGCAGAAGAGGAAGAAAAAGAAGAAGCAGAAAAAGAAGAAGAGAAAGAAGAAAACAAGUAA